UAUCUAUUUCUAAACAUACCUCAACAGCUGCUUUCAUCUUCAAACCCUAGCCUCUCAUACCUUCCGUCCCACAUCUAUCUAGAUCUCAAAACCUUAGCUACCUUUCAUGGGUUCCAGGAGAGGCGGUGACAAUGAUGGUGCUAGCCCUGGGAAAAUCUUCGUUGGAGGCUUAGCUAAGGACACGAUUCUAGAUACAUUUACCGAGUACUUUGAAAAGUAUGGGGAGAUAACAGAUUUUGUUAUAAUGAACGAUCGACAUACUGGCCGGCCCCGUGGUUUCGGCUUCAUCACCUUCGCGGAUCCUUCUGUUGUUGACACUGUUAUGCAAGAAAAUCACGUUAUUAAUGGGAAACAAGUUGAGAUUAAAAGGACUAUUCCAAAAGGUUCUUCCCAGUCAAAUGACUUCAAGACAAAGAAAAUAUUUGUUGGUGGGAUUCCAACAUCAAUUACUGAAGAUGAGUUCAAGAAUUUCUUCUCAAAGUAUGGAAAGGUGGUCGAACAUGAGAUAAUACGUGAUCAUGCAACCAAGCGCUCUCGGGGUUUUGGGUUUAUCGUGUUUGACAAUGAAACAAUUGUUGAUGAUAUGCUAGCCAAUGGGAACAUGAUAGAUAUGGAGGGUAAUCAGGUUGAGAUCAAGAAGGCUAAACCAAAGAAAGCCUCAGCACCUGGUCCUGCAUAUGGUAGUGAAUCUAGGUCUCGUUCAUACAAUCAUGGUUUUGGUGGAUUUGAUGAUUAUGGUGGUUUUGGUCCUGCACCUUAUAGGUCUUAUGGAGAUUUUGGAAGUAGAUUUGGAGAUUAUGGUGGUUAUGGUGGAGCUGGUGCCGAGUUUGGUGGUAGUUAUGGAGGGUUUGGUGGUGGUGGUGGUUUUUCUGGUUAUCGUGGAGAUCCAUCAUUUGGUUAUUCUAGCCGAUACGGUUCCUAUGCUGGUGGGAUUAGUGGGAGUGGUAUAGGUGCAUAUGGUCGUGGAGGUGGCGGUGGAGGAUAUGGAAGUUAUCGUGGUUCAGGUCCGAGUGAUAGUUAUGCUGCCGGUCCAGGUGCUGGCUUUGGUGGACCAGGUCCAUUAUAUGGCAAUAGAUCAGGAUAUGGAGGCAUUAGUCGCUACCAUCCUUAUGCAAGGUAGAAUGUGCUUAAGACCUUCCAUAGAAGUUGCCAGGUUUUCAAAAUGGUUCGCUAGGCACUGUGCACUUUUGCAAGUCGGCACAAUUCUAGAAGAUCACGGCAACUAUUAGAUUUGCCUGUCUCCAAUCUAUUGCAUCCAUUGCUUAGAGACCCCAAGUUAGAUCAGCAUCAACUAUAGCUUCUCAUAAAGGAGCAAACUUGAAUUUUAGUUGAGCUGCUAUAUUCUGCUUUAAGUUCAUUAUUGUCAGUAUAUUGUAGUUAAAAGACUUUUGAUCUUGUUUUGAACUUAGCGCCAGUUUUUUAGGUGUGUAUGUAACAUUUAGGUAAUUAGUAAUAUAGACACUAGAUCAUUGUUGACA